CACCAUCGGGCACCACAAAAGCCCGACGCCGACGCCGCUCCAAACGGAUCCGCGAAUCUGAGCCUAUUUUCCAAAAUAACAUAUAGAAUAGCGCAGAAAUGGAUGAUGACCAGCAGAAGACGGCGAUCCUCCGGAAACUCUUCCAGAUGUUCGACACCUCCAAGUGCGGAUUCAUCGAAACCUUGAAGAUCUCGACGAUGCUGAACACUAUGGGACACAUCUUCGACGACAACGAGUUGAACGCGUUGAUCAACCAUCACGAUCCGGAGAAUACCGGAAAGGUGAACUUUGACAGCUUCUGCAGCAUCGCCUCGCACUUCCUCGAGGAGGAGGACGACGAAUCCACCACGCAGGAACUCAAGGAGGCGUUCAGAUUGUACGACAGGGAAGGCAACGGUUACAUCACCACUGGCACCUUAAAAGAAAUCUUAGGUGCUCUUGAUGAUAAACUCACUGGAAGCGAUUUGGACAACAUCAUCACAGAAAUCGAUACUGAUGGAUCUGGAACCGUUGAUUUCGAUGAAUUCAUGGAAAUGAUGACCGGAGAUUAAUUCACUCUUAUUCUUACUCUAGCCUAAUUUAAAAUAAAGUUACAUUUUUAGUUACAA